GGUAAACUGAACAUUUUGAGUUUUCCUCAUAGCAGCAGUUGAUAUUUUCGGCUACCUCGAGAUUCUGUAUUGUUAAAAUGACCACCGUAGCAAAAUCUCAGCCUGAUCAAGACGUAAACGUUACUUAUGAAGAUCAGCAAAAAAUUAACACCUUCGCCCGUUAUAACAUGAAAUCAACGGACUUAAAAGAAGAAUUGGCUGAAAAAGAGAAGGAGCUUACAAAUUUAAACGACGCUUCUGAUGAAAUUUUGAUGUUGGAUGAUGAUGUUCCCAUCCCUUACCAAGUUGGAGAAGUUUUUGUUGUAGGAGAUAAAGAUGAAUCUGAAAGAGUCAUUGAAAAGGAAAAGGAAAAUAUAGAAAAAGUCGUUUCUAAUUUAAAGAAGAAAAUUGAGGAAUACCAAGGCCUAAUGUCCAAGCUGAAAGUUGACCUAUAUGCAAGAUUCGGAAACAGCAUUAAUUUAGAAAGUGACGAUAAAUAAUUUAUAAAAAAUUGAUAAAAUUUGAAUGAAUAGCUUUAAAAGAACUUAAUACAUUUUUCAAAUUUGUUUAU